AUGAGGAAAUGAAUUUCCUAAAAUCUGGGUCAAGAAGAUCAAACACCUCAAGGUUUUUUUGGCAGGACACGUGCUACCCAACAGGCCUCUUACAAGGUGUUGGCCCUCAGGGCCCUUUCUCUUUCCCUGGCCAGGAGCUCAGACAUGACGGGGAAGAUCUUCACGAACACCAGGGAGCGGUGGAGGCAGCAGAAUGUGAACAGCGCCUUCGCCAGGCUGAGGAAGCUCAUCCCCACUCACCCCCCAGACAAGAAGCUGAGCAAGAACGAAACGCUGCGCCUGGCGAUGAGGUACAUCAACUUCUUGGUCAAGGUCUUGGGGGAGCAGAGCCUGCAGCACACGGGAGCGGCAGCCCCAGGAAACCUUCUGGGACUCUUCCCCCCGGGACCCCACCUGCCUGACAGGACUCAGCUCAGUGACUACCAGGUUCCCUCCCCCGGCCCAAGCCACCACGUCCCUUAGGACAGCUCGGACUCUCAUCACCGGGGAGACCCGUGUUCGGCAGUCACUGGCCACCGACAGCCUUUUGCAGAGCCAACUUGGUGAAGAAUUUGUGAGGCAGGAAUUUAAGCGUCACAGGAGGUGGCUCAGGGACAGCUGCCAGGAGCCGACCGGAGGCCAUGAGGAGUGGCUUUGGAACGUGGCCUGUUUCUGUCUAUUUCAUAUGUCCAACAUCCACAGAAGAUGUUGUUUGAAGAAAAAACAAUCGCUCAAUAUGUUUUCAGUUAUAAGCAAGAUGAGU